AUGGAGAAGCGUCUCGAGAUAACGGGAAUGCUAAAUGGUUCAAAGGGGGCCGAGGACACGGUCAAAAUGGGAUUUCUUCAAGAAAUAAUGGUGGUGGAUACAAGGGCAAGUGCUUUGGGUGUGGCCAAGUUGGUCAUCUGA